GCCCUGCUGCCGCCGCGCCCUUCUCUGGGCGUCGGAUUCCCUUCCUCCCAGCCCCGCCCAGGCGGCUGCCCGUGACCUGCCUGGGCGCAGGGAACGGAAAGUCGGAAGGGGUAAGAGGAGUUCACUUCAUCAUGGGACUGUUUGGAAAAACCCAGGAGAAGCCUCCCAAAGAGCUGGUUAAUGAAUGGUCUCUGAAGAUCAGAAAGGAAAUGAGAGUUGUUGACAGGCAAAUAAGAGAUAUCCAAAGAGAAGAAGAGAAAGUAAAACGGUCUGUGAAAGAUGCAGCCAAGAAGGGCCAAAAGGAAGUCUGUGUGGUUCUGGCCAAGGAGAUGAUCAGGUCAAGGAAAGCUGUGAGCAAGCUCUAUGCAUCCAAAGCACACAUGAACUCUGUGCUCAUGGGCAUGAAGAACCAACUUGCGGUCCUGAGAGUAGCUGGUUCUCUGCAGAAGAGCACAGAAGUGAUGAAGGCAAUGCAGAGUCUUGUGAAGAUCCCAGAAAUCCAGGCCACCAUGCGGGAGCUGUCCAAAGAGAUGAUGAAGGCUGGAAUCAUAGAAGAGAUGUUAGAGGAUACAUUUGAAAGCAUGGACGAUCAAGAAGAAAUGGAAGAAGCAGCAGAGAUGGAGAUUGACAGAAUCCUCUUUGAAAUCACAGCAGGAGCCUUGGGCAAAGCACCCAGUAAAGUAACCGAUGCCCUUCCUGAGCCUGAGCCUGCAGGAGCGACGGCUGCCUCCGAGGAGGGAGAAGAGGAAGAAGAUGAAGAGGACCUGGAGGCUAUGCAGUCACGGCUGGCCACACUCAGAAGCUAGGGCCACCCAGUUGGCGGUCUCAACUCUCUGGUGUCCUCCUCUAGGUGUGUAUACGGCCUCUGAGGAAUCACCAUUUCCUAUAUCUCUUGCACUACACCUCUGUUGUGAAGCAUUACAUUUGGAGAGGGUUCUAUGCUGGUAUACCUUCACUAUCUGCAGAGGAUUUAAGGAUUGUUUUUAUGAAGGUGGUGUAAUCAAAUGUAUUAUUUUCAGGAGCAUAAAUAGCAGAAGUAUCUUCCUUGGGGGAGGGCAAAGAAAUCCAUUUUCUCAUGAAGCAAUUUUGAGAAGAGUAGAUUGAAUGUUGAGGACUCUAUAUUUGGUGUGUAUGUGUAAAACACUAUAUUAAUGGAUGUCAAUAAACUUCUGCUUUAGUUCUUGGUCUCAUUGUAAAUGUCACAUGCAAUGAACUCAAGGUAUUGAUCUCCCAGAUUGUCUGAGUGUUGGCCUUGGAAAGAGGACAUGCUAUCUCCAAGCAUCAGGACAUGGGAGCUUAGCAGAAGGACCUUCAGCUCAGGAGUCGCUGGUCCCGGUCUUCACAGGCUGGUUGUGGGGGCCACCACUCUUGUGCAUUUUGUCAUUUGUUUAACCUUCGGGUUAAUGUGCUGUGUUGACUGAAUGACCAUAUCAUACACUGGUAUGUACAAGGGAAUUUUUAUAGCUGGUAGUCAUUCUUCCCCCUUGCAAGUGAAAUGCAGAACAGUUAGAUCUGGGAUCAGGACUCUUACAUUCCAUCCCUGCUUGGAGCUAAGUGUCUCGUGCACAGGGACAUAGCCUUAACCAUGAGCACUAAGAGCUAACCAGUAAGAGGUUUGGAUUAUGCAUUGAAACAUACAUACCAGAACAUGCUUUAUAUGCACUGGGAAAUAACCCAACAGUAGCACUGUGUGUAACAGUUUGAAAAGCUUUCUGGUAUUCAUGAUCUUCACAAAUAAGAACAGCUGUCAUCUGAAGUUACAAACCCUAAAGUACACAGCCAGUGUCCACCAGUAUUGUACAGAAUGGCUUUGUUACCCAAAAAAACAACUCAUGUGCUGUUCAUUGCUUCCUCUAAUCCCUUGGCACCCACUGGCCUGGUUGCUGUCUCCAUGGGCUUUCCUUUUCCAGCCUUUCAGUGUGUCUUCCCUCACGUGGUGAUACGCAUUUAUGUUCCUCCUUGGAUUCAUGACUGGACUGUUUAGCCCUUCUCAUUGAGCAGCGUUCUGUUUUCUAGCUGUACCACAGCUUGUCUUGAAGGCCAUCUGACUGCUUCUGAGUUUGGGAGUUUGAAGCAGUGUCUGUAGCAGUUUCCCAUGUGUGUUUUAACUCCUCUGGAUACCAGAGAGCUCAACCAUGGGACCGUGUGGUCAGCACAAACCUGUGCUGCAAGGAAAACCACCCGUGCAGAGCGUGGAUUGUCCCCCUCCCAGGAGGAAGAGUUCUGCCUGCCAUUUUGUGGCUUUGGCCGAAUUUGUCGUGAGGGAUUUCUGUUGAAGUACACUGGGCAUCUGUUUUUAUACUUGCCUUCUCUGUAUCUUGUUUGAAAAUGUUGAUAUAGUGGCCUUGAACUCAUGACCUGUCUGCUCUGCCACCACAUUGAGCUUGCCACCUGGAUUUCUCCAUUGUUGGUGUUUGUUCAUUUUAUAACCUGGAUUGUUUGUUUUCUGAUUAUUCAACUUUAAGGACCUCUUACAUAUUUUGGACCAAUCAUCUAUCAGAUUUUAUCCUAUUCUCUGUUCUGUUCUCUCAUUGUUGACAGUUUUUCAAAGCUGAAGGUUUUUUUUACUUUUAAUAAAACCCUGCUUCUCAAUUAUUUUGUA